AUGAGUUUAUCUGAUCUAUUAGUGGAUUAUGGUGGGAGUGGCAAUUCCUAAUUUGAUGACCAUGUAAAAAAGCAAUUUACUGGGCCAGCCAAAUUUGCCACAAAAAUUGAUCCGCUUCAAGUUUUGGAUAAUACAAUAAAACCACCAUCUUUGACGAGUUUUCAUAAGGAAACGGAUAACAUUCACCCAUCGCCAAACUCGGGGAUGAUUUAGUUUUCCCCCAAAACCUCUAUAAAUGAAGAAAAGAAUUUGAUGAAUCCUUAAAAUAAGGAAUAACUCAAAGAUUUUGUUCAGACCAAUUUGAUCAACCAAUAGAAAGAAGGCAUCAACAAUUUUAUCAAACUCGUAUUGGCCAAAAGCUACUUCAACCGUUUUGUUGAAAAUAUGCUAUAAAAAUCUUAUGUUAAAAAAUUGUCCCAUUUCAACCUCUAUCAAAACACUAUGAUGGACGAUCUUAGAUAUAUUGACUCUAAACACAAGAUUCACAAGAAUUUGAUUGGCAAAAUAUGCAAGAAACUUAGGUUUGUGCCAAUCUUAGAUCAAAGCAGCUAUUUAGUCAUAGGAUGGCAAUUGCUGCACAUUUUGACCAUAAUCAUUGUAUUCUUUUGGACUCCCUUCAAUAUCUCCUUCGGAAUCACAUUCGAUUAGGUUGUAUUUGGAACAUUGACAGUGAGAGAAGUUGAAUACUAUUUUCUGUUUUCCAUUGUCGUUGACGCAUUUAUUGUCAUAAACACUUCAUAUAUAGAAAAAGGAAUCAUCAUCAAACAGAGAGGCAAAAUAUUUAUAAAUUAUGUUAAUACACAAGGGAUUUACGAUUUAUGUUCAUUCGCAUCAAUGCUAGUUGCUCAACAAUUUAAUGUGGACAGCUCAAAUGAGAAAAUUGGGUGGCAAUUGAUUCCUUAUAUGAUUUACUAUUGCAGUAGACAGUUUAAAUUACAAGCCAGAGUGCAUAAAUUAGAAGAGUUUUUCAAUUUUUCAGGUUGGGUACAGGACCUUAUUGAAUUAAUCAAACUCUUAUUUAUGGUGGUUUAUGUGGGUCAUCUCUUUGCUUGUUUAUGGCAUGGAGUGGCUUUCUAUUAAAUAGGAAUUAGAAAAACUUGGCUUGAAACCUACGAUGUUGCCAAUUCAGACAUAUUUACAAAAUACAAUUAUGCAUUUUAUUGGUCUGUCCAAACUAUGAUUACAGUUGGAUAUGGAGAUCUAACACCUCAGAAUAAUUAUGAAAGAUUAUGUGCCAAUUUGAGUAUGUUUUUAGCCUGUGGUGUAUUUGCCUUUUCGUUCAAUAGUAUUGGUCUUAUGUUAAGCAAUCUAAAUUCCAGAUAAGUGCUCUACAAACGUAGUACUAAUCUAUUGAAUUCUUAUUUAACUAAAAACCAAAUUAAAGUUGAGUUGCAAUCCAGAAUUAGGAAUUAUUACGACUACAUCUUUCAAGAAGAACAAGAAAUAAAUGAUGAGGAAGUCUCACAAAUAACAACCAAAUUGUCUAGCUCUCUCUAAGAAGAACUAAAUUUUGAAAUAAGAUUCAAUGUAAUGAAGACAAACAAAGUAUUAACAAAGUUCUCCUAGAAAACACUCAGACAACUGUCUUUGGUCAUCGAAGAAGUAAGGUAUUCGCCAGAGGAUUAAAUCUUACUAUAAGGCACUCAAGAUGAUUGCUCUCUGUAUAUAAUCACAAAAGGAACAAUAUCCGUCUUAUUCCAAGAUGAUCCUCAAGGUCGGAAUACAAGGGUUCUCUCUUACUUGGAGAAGGGGGAAUCAUUUGGUGAAUACUCAUUUUUUACAGGACUCAAUAGAUGUGCAUCUGCAAAAAGCAUAGGCUUUUCAAGAGCAUACAAAAUACCCAGAUAAUCUUUAUUAACUGUUCUAUAAACUAAUUAAAUUGAUUUAGAACGCUUUUGCGAAGUGAGAGAUUCCAUUUUGUUAGGAGAAAACUAUCAACCUGCCAAAUUAAGUUGUUAUUCUUGCAAAAAGUUUAAUCAUUUAAUUAAGGAUUGUCCAGUUCUACAUUAUGUGGCUGACAAAGAGAGAGUGAUUAAAAAGGAGAACUAUCCCUUCCAAUAGGACAGAAAUGUAGUUUACAAGAGGAAAAGAUCUGAUCGCAAUUAUUAUGCAACUCUUUUGGAGAUGAAAAAAACCAUUGCCUAUGUCAGAGACUUCCAAACAAGAGAAAAUUAAGCUGACAAUAUCACAGUUAUUGAUGAGGACUUGGAUGUUUCUUAUGAAGAUAAUGAUGGGUCACCCAAUGAACAAGAUUAUACCUCUCUCUCCAAAAGUUACUCCAAAGUUUCAAGACAGCACUCUUAAAAUAGAUCCUAUUCUCAAUAUGAAAAUAAUAACAACAACAAAAAUCUACAACCUAUUUAAGAAAGUGAUGACUCAAUUGAUAGUCCCAGUCCUAAUAAGAGGAGGAAUAUGCAAGUUAAAUAAACACUAUAAACUGCUGGAUUUGGAGCUCAAGAUUCCUUCUAAAACAAAAUAAGAAAUGAUGAUUUCGAUCCAAAUAUUUCUAGUUUUGGAAAUGCUACUCCUUCCAUCAAAGAUGAAAAUAGAUUCACUACUAAAAAUGAUUCACUUUGUUUACCAGGUCCAAUUGAUGUCCCAGGAAGGGUGACCAAAAAAAGAAUCACCUUAGUUAGAAAAUAAAAAAGGGAAGAAUCCUAUAAGCCAUUUUCAUCCUAAACUAAAGUGGAUGUUAAUUAAGAGAGAGAAAAGUCUUAAACAAGAAAGUCUAAAAUCAAGGAUCCUUUUGUUGAUAUCCCUGUCACUCCUUCUAUUCAAUCUGUAGAUCACAAAAGGGACUCAGUUGACAGGAUUAAUGAUCACAGGGAUUAAAAGAGGAAAAGCACGAAAACUAAGACGAACAGGAGUAGAACUGCUAAAACUCAUAAAACAACUAAAUUAAUUCCUGAAACUCCUACCUAAGAGAUUUCAAUUCCUGUAUUCGAGAGACAACCUGUGUCUAUGGAAUUGGAAGAUUUUGAAGUAUUAAAGAAUUUUUCAAAUUAUUUCAGUUGGAAUAAUGCUAAAGUAGUUGUUGCAAGAACAAUGAGGGUUUUAUUGAAGAAUCUUGAAAAAAGGAGAUAUUAUCUUAAUUAAUUUUCAUUUUAUACCUUCAACUCAUUGGCAAUCACUAAGAUCACAAGAAUCAAACGAAAACUUAAAUUAAUAGAUGAUCCACCUUAAGAUGAGAAAAGAGAUAAGAAAAAUAUUCAUCCACUUAACAAGACUAUGAAAGGCAGAAGAGAAAGUAAAAGAAGCACCUAAACUGAUGACAUUUCUGGGUUGUUUUAGAAGAAACCAUAAUUUGGAACUCAAGUCUAAUUACUCUAAGGAAUUUCUUUUUCCAGAUUUAGCCGAAUUGAAUCUGACUUGAGAUGA